AUGCAGCUUAAAUGAAGGUCAGUCGAGUGGAAAAGAGCUGGAAGAAAGAAAUACAGAGGAGAGUAGGGUUGUUCAUGUGGCGCCGUAGUUCUCUAAUCACUGCUUGUCGACUAGGUAGGGCGCCUGGAUUUGACAAGGCUGCACCCACCUGGCAUCACCGCACUCCCCAAUCAUGGCUGAUCUGAGUCCGGUGGCAGAGCGUGACCCGAACGACCCCCCUCCCUACUAUUCCAUUGAAGUGCAAACCCAGCCCCCCCUCAAGUCCUACGAAGAGGUGGUGUACGGCGUGGGUCCGGGCCUGACACCCCCCGCCUAUCCACAAUACAUCCCCCAGUAUGGACCACCUGUGGCUCCUGCCCAAGUCCAACUGUCCAUACCCCCCAGGAAGGAGAAGAGAUGCUGCGAAUGUAAUGCCCGGCGGUACGGAGGAUCAGGGGGAAUUUUAGUGGUGCUCGCGCUGCUGGGACUGGCCGUCUGGCUCGGAGUUCGUUAUGGCUCCCGGUUGGCAGCAGCUGUUGCCCUGCACCAAAAGCCCAAUGACGACAGAGAGGGAAAUCUGCCUUUCCCAAAGAACGACACCUGCACCAACAAUUAUGUCGAAUGUGAUGGAAUAAAUGACUGCAAAAUGGGCUCGGAUGAAAAAAACUGUGUGAGGUUUGGAGAGAACAACGGUCUGCAGGUCCGGACAUCAGAAGACGGCCGCUUCCUCCCAGUGUGCUUCAAAGGCUGGGACAUGACCUACGCCGACCUGACCUGCGCUCAACUGGGAUUAAGAAAGUCCUAUGCCACCAACGCAAUUAAAACACAGCAGUCCACUGCUUUGGCAGUGAACAGCAGCUCAUCUGUAUUGAUCCAGAAUCUGGUUAAAGUCAGCUCGUCCUGUCCGGGCGAGGAGACUGUCUCCCUGCAGUGUGUUGAUUGCGGUCGGCAGUCUUCCACCUCCAGGAUUAUUGGGGGAAACGUGGCGGCGGUGGGAGACUGGCGUUGGCAGGUGUCGCUGCGCUACAGAGGAUCCCACACCUGCGGAGGAGUCCUCAUCUCUCCUGACUUUGUGCUGACUGCUGCUCACUGCUUCCCAAGAAGCAACACUUUGGCUCUUUUGGCUCAAAACUGGAGAGCCUAUAUUGGAGUUGUGUCACUAAAUGACCAAGUCACGUCCUACUCUGUUGAAAGGAUCAUUCUCAAUGAGAACUAUGACAGCAACAGCAAUGACCAGGACGUCGCCCUGCUCCAACUGGCAUCUCCAGUUAGUUACAAUGAUAAAAUCCAGCCAGCUUGUCUGCCAGCCUUCAACCAACAAAUGGCCGCUGGAACCCAGUGCUGGACAACAGGCUUUGGCACCACUGAGGCGGGAUCAGGCACUGUCUCCAGGGACCUGAUGGAAGUGGCUGUGGACCUCAUUGAUACAAACGUGUGCAACAGUCGCAGUGUGUACGCAGGUGCCGUCACUAAACACAUGCUCUGUGCCGGGGACCUGAGAGGAGGCAAAGACUCCUGUCAGGGUGACAGCGGUGGGCCUCUGGUGUGUCAGAAUAUGGAGCGUUGGUAUCUGCUGGGGAUCACCAGCUGGGGAUCUGGCUGUGGUAAUAGAAACAAACCUGGCGUUUACACCAGGGUCACUAGUGUUCUGCCUUGGAUCUACAGCAACAUGCAGAAAAAGAUACAGUGAUGUCCCUUUGUCCCCUGCUGGAGGUCUACCCCAACGACAUGAUGACCAGUGGACCUCUGUCUUGUGUUCUGCAUCAUCCGCUGUCGUUUGGCACCGGCACCUGAUUAUUGAUGAACACCAAUCAAUGCACUGACCAAUACUAAGUCUAGCAUUCUUGAUUAUAUUCUGCCUCUUGGGGUCACAGUCAUGAAGUAUACUUGUGUUUACUUUAUUUUCAAGCAAGAUUUCCCCUAUACUGUGAUCUCCUUUGUUUGAAAAUGAGACUCUUAAUACAUGAUUUAUGAUGUGUGGACACAUAUCAGGGUUUUCUAUCGAGACGAUUGUUUCACAAAUUGAAGUAAAAAAAAGACACUUUAUAUACACUUUGUGUGGAAAGGAACCAAGUGGGACCCUUGUCCCUCUCACUGAGCUGCCACUUGUCCAUGCAUCUCAACCUCCCCUUAUAAUCACACACCCUGUGAAGGUUCACAGAAAUUGUUCUCAUGAGAUGUAUUUGAGAGUUAUGUCCAUUGUUGUUUCACUGAUCACUGAGCAUCACUAAAAUAAAGAUGAAGG